UUACCCACAUUUUAGUCACCAAUCAGUAAUACAAUCACCUGCUCUAACAAAGAUUCUUGCAUAUGUAGCUCCCAAAAUCUCACACCCAAUAUCUGUCUCUUUCUCACAAGCCGAAUACAGCCUACAUUGUAAGCUAAAUACACGCACGCUCUCUUCUUCCCCUCUAUUUUGGAAGUCACUGGUGCUCUGUUUCUGUCUCUAGAAUCCAAUGGCGGCAGUGCCAGCAGUCUCAGUGAACGGGAUGAAGGUGGGCACGGCACCGCAGGCCUACCUGGAGAGCAAGGCAGUGAAGGACACGAGGGUUUUGAUCUCGGACCUCUGCCGCCAGUUCUACAAUCUUGGAUGGGUAUCGGGGACUGGUGGCAGCAUCACCAUCAAGGUCCAUGACGACUCCAUCCCUAAGCCCAACCAGCUCAUCCUCAUGUCCCCCUCAGGUGUUCAGAAGGAGAGAAUGGUGCCAGAGGAUAUGUAUGUGUUAUCUCCAGAUGGGUCUUUCUUGUCGGUGCCAUCUCCUAAGCCUUAUCCACACAAGCCUCCUAAAUGUUCUGAUUGUGGUCCUCUUUUCUUGAAGACAUAUGAGAUGCGUAAUGCUGGAGCUGUUAUCCACAGUCAUGGAAUUGAAUCUUGUCUUGUAACAAUGCUAGAACCAUUAUCAAAAGAAUUUCGAAUCACUCACAUGGAAAUGAUAAAAGGAAUCCAAGGGCAUGGUUAUUAUGAUGAACUUGUGGUCCCGAUAAUAGAGAACACUGCUUAUGAAUUCGAGCUCACAGAAUCUCUUGCUAAAGCUAUUGAAGCCUACCCAAAAACAACAGCUGUUCUUGUUCGUAACCAUGGCAUAUACAUAUGGGGAGACUCAUGGAUCAGCGCAAAAACUCAGGCUGAAUGUUAUCAUUAUCUCUUUGAUGCUGCCAUCAAGCUUCAUCAACUGGGGCUGGACUGGUCUACUCCAAAUCAUGGUCCCAUUCAGAAGUUUAAAGGAGUUUUAGGCAGUGGUGGUAAUGUAAAUAUGUCUGUGAAGGCAAAGGCGGAUGCAAUUCAUGAACAUGAGCCAUUGCGACGGUGCAUUGUUCUCGACAUUGAAGGGACUACAACUCCCAUAUCAUUCGUUUCUGAGGUUCUCUUUCCAUAUGCCCGUGACAAUGUUGGGAGGCAUCUAUCUGCAACAUAUGACACUGCAGAAACUCAAGAUGAUAUUAAGUUGCUGCGUAUCCAAGUUGAGGAUGACCUGGAACAAGGUGUCGUGGGUGCUGUGCCCAUUCCCCCUGAUAAUGCAGGGAAAGAGGAGGUGAUUGCUGCUUUGGUUGCUAAUGUGGAAGCAAUGAUAAGAGCUGAUAGGAAGAUCACUGCCUUAAAACAAUUACAAGGUCAUAUAUGGCAAACUGGAUUUGAGAAUAAUGAAUUGGAGGGAGAAGUUUUUGAGGAUGUACCAGAAGCUUUUGAGAAGUGGCAUGCUUUAGGCAUAAAGGUAUAUAUUUACUCUAGUGGUAGCCGGUUGGCACAAAGGCUUCUAUUUGGAAAUACAAGCUACGGGGAUCUAAGAAAAUAUUUGUCUGGAUUUUUUGACACCAGAGUGGGGAAUAAAAGAGAAACGCGCAGUUAUGUUGAAAUCACAGAAUCUCUCGGGGUUGAUAAGCCAUCAGAGAUUUUAUUUGUAACUGAUGUUUAUCAAGAAGCUGAAGCUGCAAAGGCGGCAGGUUUGGAGGUGAUAGUUUCCAUCCGGCCAGGGAAUGCUCCCCUUCCUAAGAAUCAUGGGUUCAAGACAAUCAAAUCUUUCUCGGAAAUCUGAAACCAGACAUGUUCUUCUAUAAUCAUAUGAAAUGUGACAAUUACUAUGAAUAAGUACAUACAUAUAUACCAAGCUUUCACUUUUUUUUCUUUUUUAUAUAUAUAAAAAAAUAAUAAUGCAAUUUGUGUUCUGCUCUCCUCAA